AUGAUUCAAAACAUCAUCGCCUUAUCGCCCAUGAAGAAGACCAAGGCUCUAUCGCUCUUAUUGCUUCUACUUAUUGCGGUCGUGACUACCACUGUUAAACCACCGGAAGAGCUGGCCCUGGACGGAGCACAGAGAAUCCUGACGACGGAGAAGAUUGCCGGAGAAGACGUGGAGGCUGAUGUGAAUAACCACCAUAGUAUUCCGAGGGAGUCAUGGGAUGAUAAUGAUAACAAUCCAUGA